AUGGUGUCCAUCUCUUGUUGGUGUCCAUCAAGGAAGGCGGCAAGAUGUCCUGCUCCAGAGGACGCCUUUGCCAACCCUCUCUGGCCACUGUCUUCUGGCGGGAAGGGGCUCCGGGGGACCCCCGCCCGAGGGCUGCCCAGACCGUCGUGUCCAGCUGGGCCGGGCGGCGAGCAGCCAGCGGAAGGUCCCGGCCCGGCCAGACUCAUCUGCCCUCUCGCCUCGGGCUCCGCAGCCCAGAAGCGGCGGCAGCGGCAGCAGCGGGCAACCGAGCGCCGCGCUCCCUCCGGCCGGGUCUCCGAGGGGGCAGGACUCCAAGUCCCGUCGUGCACCGCGGCGGGGGCGGGGCCUGCGCGGCCAAGGAGCGUGACUGCGACCUCCCCGGGAAGCGAAGAAGGGAGACGCCGCCGCCACCGCCGAAGGAGCCCCCGGAGCCCCCGGGCCAGGGAGGCAGGCAGGCAGGCAGGCAGGGAGGGGGCUCGGCGAUCCCUCCCCCAGGUGCUUCAAGGACACUCAGACCUGUUUUCCCGCAGGAGGUGCAAAAGGAUGGCAGAAGGGGUCCAAAUGCAGAGGGAGGUGAUGCUGGAAAAUUGCAAGCCAGUGGCCCCACUGGACUCUGCAUCCACCAAAGAUUUAGCCGCCUGUGACCUUGAGGAGGAGGAAGAGGGCGAGCAGAAACAAGGGGAGGCCAACGGGGCAAUGGAGGAAGACAUGUAUGUCGGGGAGCCCCCUGGCGAGAGAGAGGCAGCCCUCACUGACCCCCCUGCGCAGGACGAACCAGGCAAAGGAGCCUCCCCCAACAGCAGCAGCCCAGGUAGCACUUUGGGGCUGAAUGUAUGGGGCAAAAGGGAAAAGCCAUUCCUCAGAUCAGAGCCUCCCACACUUUGGGGGCCACAACCCCCCCCCCAAGUCCCAUAAACUCAUCCCAGUGCCCCACCCCGGCCCUAUUAAAUGCAUUAUUCAGAACAGUGCUUUACAGCGAGGGAAAUUACAACAAUGGAUUUCACAUCGAGAACAAUUAAUUGCUUGUUCCAAUUAAAUCCAAUUAAAAUUAUUCAUGUUAUUCAUUUCAUUUCUAUAUAUCUGUAAGCCACCUUGAGUCCCUGCCAGAGGAAAAGGCAGGGUCUCAAUAAAUAUAAAUAUAAAACAAUAAAGUCGUACUUUGGAAACCAAAUGGAAUCCGUUCCGGAAGUCCGUUCAACUUCCAAAACAGUUGGAAACCAAAGCGCGGCUUCUGAUUGGCUGCA